GGCAGCACUGCAUAUCCCGGCAGGCAGUGCGCGGAGGGGCGGGGCCGGUGCUGCAGGAGCCAAAGCGGCUCUGAUCCAGGGAGAGAGGCUCAGGCUGCGGAGACGCACGGACAUAUGGUGAGGGACCAGUGAGCCAGAAGAGCCUGCUGGGAACGUGUUUGGGUGGCACCCAGCCCCCCCAGACUGGAGCAUGACGUCUGCCCUCAGCCAAGGAGUGAUCACGGCCCCUCCCCUUCCCAGCAUGCCUCACAAAGAGCGCUACUUUGACCGCAUUGAUGAAAAUGACCCCAGCUACCUCCGCGAGAGGAACAUGUCCCCCGACCUGCGCCAGGACUUCAACAUGAUGGAACAGAAGAAGCGGGUCACUCAGAUGCUAAAGAGCCCGGCUUUCCGUGACGACCUGGAGACCCUGAUCCAGGAGCAGAUGAAUAAGGGCAACACCCCCACGGAGCUCCUGGCGCUGCAGCAAAUCUCCGACUAUAUCAUGGCCAGCUCCUUCUCUGGCUCCUCCCAACUCGGUGUCGCCCCAAUUAAUGACAUUCACCCCGCCAUGGAAGCCACGAUGGCCAAAGGAGAGAGGCUGACCCGCUGCAAGCUGGCCAGCAUGUACCGCCUGGCGGAUCUGUUCGGGUGGGCGUACCUAGCCAAGGCCUACAUAACGGUGAGAGUCACCAAAGAACAAGAUCACAUUCUGAUUAUGCCCAGAGGCCUCUCCUUCUCCGAGGCUUCAGCCUCCAACUUGGUGAAGCUGAACAUAAUUGGGGAGGUGGUAGAACAGGGGAGCACAAACCUGCAGAUUGACCCCUCUGGCUUCAGCCCACACGCUGCCAUAUACGCUACCCGGCCGGACGUACGCUGCGCCAUCCACAUCCACACGCCCGCCGCAGCCGCCGUCUCCUCUAUGAAGUGCGGGAUCCUCCCAAUAUCCCAGGAGGCCCUGCUGCUGGGGGACGUGGCCUAUUACAAUUACCAGGGGUCUCUGGAUGAGCAGGAGGAGAGGAUUGAGCUGCAGAAGGUGCUCGGAGCUAGUGCCAAGGUUCUUGUUCUGAGGAAUCACGGAGUCCUGGCCCUGGGGGAGAGUCUGGAGGAAGCUUUUCAUUACAUAUUCAACGUGCAACUGGCCUGUGAGGUGCAGGUUCAUGCGCUGGCCGGUGCCGGAGGGGUUAAUAACCUGCUGUUACUGGAUCUGGAGAAAUUCAAACCCACCACUUACUGCGUUGCUGCGGCCGGAGGGGGCGGAGUUAACAUGGAAGGGGAUCACAAGUGGAAGGUCGGGGAGUUGGAGUUCGAGUCCCUCAUGAGAAUGCUGGAUAAUCUGGGCUACCGCACUGGCUACGCCUACAGGCGCCCCCUGACACGGGAGAAGCCCCGGCACAAGAGCGACGUGGAGAUCCCGGCCACCGUCACCGCCUUUACUUUCGAUGAGGAUCCCACAAUGCAACAGUCCCCGCUGCGACUCCUCGCCCAGAAGCAGCAGAGGGAGAAGACUCGUUGGCUCAAUUCCCCCAACACCUACAUGAGGGUCCAUGUCCCCGAGGCGUCCUUCAGCGGCGAGAUGAGCCCCAGAACCAAGAUCAUGUGGAUGAAGGCCGAACAGCAGGAUAAAACAAGCAGCGGAUUCCCCAUCAAAAUCGAAGACCCCAAUCAGUUUGUUCCAAUGAACACCAACCCCACCCACGUCCUGCAGACAAGGAACAAGAUUCGGGAACAGAACCGCUUCGACCUGAAGACGGCCGGGCCCCAGUCUCAAUAUCUGUCUGGGAUCGUGGUGGAUAAGCCCAAUCCUCCGUAUCACUUCGUAGAAGACGAAAAUGCCCCCCCGCUCCCUCCCAACCCGUUCAGCCAAUUACUGGAGGAGGAGAAGGAAGGAAUGGGAAAGGAGAAUCUAGAUGCUGAGCCUGAAUUAACCCCUGAGGAUGCUGCGCCCAUUGCAACACCUCAGUCCCCACCCCAGACGCCAAUAACCAGUAAAGAGCAUGUGUUGGAGUUUAUGCUGCAGUUGGAGCCCCCCCCGGUGGUGCUGAAUGGGAAGGAGAGCGGGGAGCACCGGGAGGAGCUGUCGGUGCAGGUGGGGCAGCUGAGUGUGGGGGAGACGGUGGAGAUCACAGUGCGGCCCUCAGACAAGAUUAUAGAAGGGGAGUUAACCCCCGAGGGCUCCCCCUCCAAGUCUCCCAGCAAGAAGAAGAAGAAGUUCCGCACCCCAUCCUUUCUCAAGAAGAACAAAAAGAAGGAGAAGCUGGAGGCCUAACUGGGGCCACUGGGGGACACAUCCACUAUAUUUUGGGGAGCAGGUUCACCCCCUUCUCCAGUGUUGGGGGGGGGGGGGGGGGCUCCUGCAUUUGGUAAAACCUGCUUCAUUUCCUGGAACACCAGCAUUAUUGGGCCCGUCCCAAUCCUUUCUAUGGCAACGGGGCCCCCAUGGUUACAGCAUUGGGCUCCCAGUGACUCUUUAAUGGUUCCUGACGAGGAAGGAGCGUGGCCCCAUUUUAUCAGUUACCCCUCAGAUACCCCGGGGGGGGCGGCACCUCCCCACCUAUAUAUAUAUAUAUAUAUAUAUUCUAUAGCUGGAUAUGUCUAUUUUAUAGAGAGAGUUUUAGCCAAAGGUCAGCGCUGCCUGUGGGGCCCCUAAGUCCCUUUUCCAACAGAGGGUGCUGGGAGUUGAGGAGCAGCCAGAAGGGGGGUAGUUAAUAAAGUGCACUCCCACUACCAACCCAAGGGGGUCUCUGUCCAAGUGGGACCCCUACAGUCUGUUACUGCUGCUGCCCUGUCGGUUCUGUGGCCCCAGCAUUGUGACUCCCAGCAUCCUCUGUGACUUUCCUCUGAAGCUGGGAGGGUGCUGGGAGUCACAAUGACGGACGCCGAGGCCCCCCCCACCCUAUGUCGCUGUUAGGGGUAAGGACGCUGGUUGUUAAAACACCAAGAGACAUGUUUUUAUAUUUAAGGGCCACAUAUAUUGCCAAAUAUGUCACCCCCCCACCCCCCAGGUGAAUGCUGGGAGAUUUAUUAAUGUGAGGCGGGGGGAGGGGUAGUUAUUUUAUGUUUUCUUUUAUAACUUGAUUCACAUAAAAAAGGCACCACGCCUCAAAAUAUCCCGCACCGCUAGAACUUGCCCUUUAUUCUUCAGCUUAAAGGGGAAGUAAACCCGCAAAUACCAUAGAGUUGCCAGUGAUUCUCCCAUUCAUUCAUGCUUUUGUUUUACAAUAAAAACUCCUUUGUUUGUAUAAUUGCGUCUGUCUGGCUCUUGCGCUGCACUGCUGGCCCCGACUCCAUACGCCACUGUAACAAGGCCUGAGCCUAGAGCAUUGUGGGAAAUGUGUUAGUGGUACAUGUAGCCGGAACCAACAGUGCAGAAACAGCAAAGGACGUACAGACACUGCUGUCACUUACAAUGAGGCAUGAAUGGCUAUUGGGAAGUUACCCAGAGUUCCAUGCUCUUUCAUUAGAAAACAUUUUAGAUUUGGGUUUAUAUCCCCUUUAAAGGAGACAUAUUAGAUAAAUGGCAAUUAUGAAUAAUACACUGUGCUGGUUGCUAAGCAUUAACCCUAUCUGUAACAAUGGCCCCUUUAUUGGGGCUCCCUAUAGAUCCUCUCAGGUCCCUGUCUGGGUUUCUAACGAGGGGUGGGCGUGUCCUAAAAAUCUUAAUUUUGUAUGAUAUGUCUCCUUUAAAAGCAAAGGUAAAGGAAAAAGUAGGAGAAGAGGUUCCCCACUAGCGAAUGCCCCAUAAUUCCACUUACUGAGAGUAUUUGGGGCAAAAGGAGGAAAUAAUGGGCCAAUGGGCCUCCGUGCCGCAGCGGCCAUACCUCGGUGGGAGGGGCAGUGGCAGCUCUUAGCCUAUUGGUUGAUACACAAGGUAAUACAGACCCUCCCCUGCUAUUCAUUGGUUCCAGAAUUAAGUUGAACUGAUUGGAUGCCCCUCACUCGUUAGUCCUUAAUCCUAGAACCAAUGAAUAGCAGGGGAGGGUCUGUAUUGCCUCGGCCAAUAGGCUAAGUGCUGCCCUGCCACUCCCACUGCCCCACCCAUACAGCUAUUGCCCGACAGACCAUUGGUCACUAUGUAUAAUUGCCACUUUUAUUUGUUCCAAAGUUCCACUAUCAGCUUCUGGGUGUGGGCCCCGGGGCCCCGCUCCUGGGGGGGGUCACAGGAUUCUGGUAAUCUAAUGACUUCAUAGAGAGAGAUCUGCCUGCCGCCAUUUUGUUUUGCCUGGCACAGGCAGGGUAGGGGAGGCAUGGCAUUACUGGGCAGGGAGCUGCCAUACUGUUUGUUUCCUGGGGUUCUUUAGUGCCCUUCUACUCAGUCAGUGAGGGUAACCCGUUCCUCUAUGAGGAUGCUGGGAAAUGUAGUCUCUCGCACCCUGGCCUUGACCCCACAGAGAUUGGCAGUAGUUUGGGAUGAGGGGUUUCCUGGCGGUUCAGUUGGGUUUGCAGGGGUAGGAAUGGCGGUUAAUGCUGGGGGAGGGAGGUGAUUAUGAUUGGCCGUUUGAUUAAAAGGAAAGAGCCAAUCAGUAAGCAGGAUGUUGCUGCUGCUCAGAUGUAUUGUAUGAAUGGGAGAGAGGCUUAUAGCACUGGGUGCUACACACACUGCCCCCUAUUGGCUGCCUCUUCCUAAUCUAUUCUCCAUAGAUGCCCCACUAAGGGCUGAUUGCACAUGGUGGGUGGAGCCACUACCUGGGGCAAGGGGGGGCGUCAGGGAUGGGGGCAAAUAAAUAUAAAAAAGAAUGUUUAACUGAACCAAAGAUUCCUGCCAGGAUGGCAGUGUUACCCGGGCAGUACCCUGCGCCCAGCCUCGGUGUGAAAUAAAUGCCCCUUUGUAUUGUCAUUUGUGCCCCAUUAGUGCCCUGUGUGCCCCAGCAACUUGGGUGGGAUGGGUGUCGGCAGUACCUGCAGGGGGCGCCAUACCCAAUUGCUUCCCAUGUGACACCAGGGGGGUGGAGUCAGGGAGGAGCACAGGCACAGUCCUACCCUCAGGAAACCCUGUGGGCGGGGCUAGUUUAAUAGAAAGGAGGGGUUUGUUUAAAUAAGCAGGAAAGUGUAAGUCCCUGAGGGACAGAAUUGAGAGUGUUUCCUGGGCAAAGCCUUGUGGGUAAUGGGCCCCACACCCUUUCCUUUAGGAAAGAUCUAUGUUCUGCCCUAACUGGAACUGCCCCAGGGGCCACUGCCGGGGCAGAUUUACUGAAUUUCCCCCUCCCAGUAAGGGUGCCGGGAGUUGUAAUCCCUUCGCUGCACUAUGGGAGAUUUCCCAUGGUUCCACGGGGCCCAAGUUACUGGGAAAGUGUUUUAUGCCCAGAGAUGUGUCUGUGUGGCACCGGGGGGCAGGGGCCCGAGUCUGGGGGCCCCCCCACUCUAUAGAUCCCCCCAUAAGGCUGUUCCCUACCCCAUAACUGCAGCCUGUGUGGCACCGGGGGGCAGGGGCCCGAGUCUGGGGCCCCCCACUCUAUAGAUCCCCCCCAUAAGGCUGUUCCCUACCCUAUAACUGCAGUCUGUGUGGCACCGGGGGGCAGGGGCCCGAGUCUGGGGGCCCCCCACUCUAUAGAUCCCCCCCAUAAGGCUGUUCCCUACCCUAUAACUGCAGUCUGUGUGGCACCGGGGGCCAGGGGCCCGAGUCUGGGGGCCCCCACUCUAUAGAUCCCCCCAUAAGGCUGUUCCCUACCCCAUAACCGCAGUCUGUGUGGCACCGGGGGGCAGGGGCCCGAGUCUGGGGGCCCCCACUCUAUAGAUCCCCCCAUAAGGCUGUUCCCUACCCCAUAACUGCAGUCUGUGUGGCACCGGGGGGCAGGGGCCCGAGUCUGGGGGCCCCCACUCUAUAGAUCCCCCCAUAAGGCUGUUCCCUACCCCAUAACCGCAGUCUGUGUGGCACCGGGGGGCAGGGGCCCGAGUCUGGGGGCCCCCACUCUAUAGAUCCCCCCAUAAGGCUGUUCCCUCCCUGUGUAUUCGCUUGGGCGGAAGGAAUGAGCCACCUGGGACCCGCCCCCUCCAGCAUCACAGAAAUACCGACCAACUGCAACUCGCCGUGUCGCUAAUUCAUCCGCAAUCACAAAUAAACACUAUUUUACCUACAGAUUUUGUACUUUGUAAUAAAGAGUUAAUCUUG